AUGGAGGAAUCCAGAGGCAGAAGGAGCCCUUUUAGCAUGCCCAAGCUCAGAGGUAUUGGCUACACAAGAAAAAGCAAUCGGUUAUCUCCUAUGUCGUUGCUUGAUCGUUUUCGAGAGGCUGUUUUUCGGUUGAUCAUGUUUUCUGCUCUCUCAAAAGCCCAACAUGUUAGUCGAUCUUCCACAGAUGCACAAAUGCCUCAUUACACAGUACAUGAUCCUCAAUAUAAUGAAGCUGUUGCAGACUGUAUAGAGUUCCUUAAAAAGUCUGCAGUCACAGACGACUUCGACUCCGGCGUUACAAACUCCAUCGAUCCUGCUACUUGA